GAAGUCAGCCUUUCGUACCUUUACUCGAACGAUUCAACACUGAGAUUUUGUUUGUUUUCGCCAGAACACGCGCAUGCGCAUACGUUAUUCAGCACUGUCGCUCCACUUAGCAGUGUCUUGAUUCUUACCACUCUGCGGUUAUAUUUCUCAAAUCACGCCAAUUCUUAUUAGAUUGUGCACCAAAGCAGCUGGCCUUGUUAGAGGCCUUUCAUCUGAAGCUUUAUCAAUCGAAAAAACUUGAUUGUCACGGAAGAAACUGGUUGCAAAUCGCGAAGUACGGUCAAAGCCGGGUAUCAGAUCAUCCGCUUCACCGAUUGAAACCCACCAUGUCCCCGUGUUGCAAAACAACGACUACUUGGGUACAAAAUCUAAAGAUUGGUCAGGAAUAUCGGCAGUACACUGUCCAGCUCCUUCGCGGGAUCGGUUGUUGUUGUGAAGAGUAUGAGAUCUUUGUAAAUGGCAAGGUUCACGAGCAACACCAUCUCUCGUACAACCCCUGCAGUCCACUAUGCUGUCCUGGUGGUAGCUACGAAUGGCAGCAGGAUGGCCACCACUUCCUUUUAAUGUACAAUUCCAUGUCAUGGACUAACUCUUUUGGAGGUUAUCGGCUUUUUAUAAACGGCAUAGACGUUAACACUGGCAGAGAAUUCUCGGCGUUUUGGCGGCGUCGUGGCUGGCAAGCAGUCUUCGCAGGCUUGUUGAUGAUUUUCCUCGGCGUUGCAUGGGCGUUGAUUUUUCACUACCUCAUAAAAAGCGGUGAAACUUAUAUUGUUGGCUAUAGUCUUGUCAUAACCGGCGUCAUUUACAUCAUCCUUGGUGUGAUUCCGUUGCUGCGAUACCGCAAAUCGAGACAAGAUGGGUUACCAGUCAUGGAGUACUCUGUCAAUACCGUGUGAUGAUAUAACGUCAUGAUCAGACAGGGAGUAUAGGGCUAGAUAGGACAUAGCGAAAUAGCUACAAAAUGACAAUGCCAACAAUCGAAAACUCUGAAAAAAAUGUCAAAUGUAGCAGACCAGGAUUUAGAGCGAUAGUUGCCAAUAGCUACACAUCACAACAAAAAAAGAUUCUUCAAGCUUUCUUAUGCCAAAGAACGUUGAAAUUUAAGUAAUCUGUUUUUUAAAUGACGGUGGAAGAUUUGGGACGAGUGGAAUGACCCUCUCCCCAAGCUGCCUAUUUUGUUGAUUUUACAGAUCAGUAUUAUAAGCCCUGACGAAUCAGGCCAAGACAGGUGAAAUUUGAGAAUACUGUUCAUGGCGAAGUGGAAACGCAGCUUUUAUUGACUACAUAACAGUUUAUAUUUUGGUUUUAAAUGGGGAGCCAGCCUACGAACCUGUGAAGGGAUUAAUGGUGUAAAUAGAAAGACUACAGACAAGCUUGCGCUGAUGUUUUGCUCGUUUGCCCUUUGUCUGAGCAAAUGAAACUGAAUGGGUUGGGGGAGUGGUAUGUAAUGGUAUUAGUUUAAAUGUAACACAGACUACCCUGCCAAUGCCCAGACUGUUGUGUGCAUCCCAAUAUUCAAACAAAUAUAGAAAAGCACUUGAAAAGUAGAGGUAAUACUGUGAGCUUCUAUGUUAGUUAGCUAAUAAGCACAGCAAUCAGAGUGUAUCAAAUAUGAUGCUCACAAAGAGUAUGCAAAUAGAAUAAGCCCUUUUCUCUGUUGUUUGUUUUUGAAAAUAAACAGUAUUUUAUGAUGGGGUCUGGAUGAACAAAGGAAUGGCAAACCAAUGUCAGGCUGCAAGUGAACACCAACCAUUUGUAACAAAAGAUAAUAAGUAAAUGUUAGUAACUAC